UCUGACAGAACCGUUCAGCUCGCGGUGAGAGCUGCACCGAGGCUAUUUAUUAGUCAGCGUGACUGACGACAUCAGAACACAACAAAACACAACUGCGACGAGUUUGCGCGCGCAGGGCGAUAUUCAACUUCUGGUCAUAUUUAUCUUUAUUUACUGAAGUACUGUUGUCUCUUGAGUUUAGAUACAUCAAGCUAAAAACAUGAAUCGAAUGGGGAGUAUGUGCACAUUUGAUGAAAUCAGAUGGGAUGACAGAAUGAACGGGCACAGAACCCUCAGACUGACUCUCCACGAGCAGAACCAGCACCAGCCGCCCACCACAGAUAAGGUAAAUCCAAUUGGCAGAGCUUUUGCUUUGGUACAACCAAACUAUGAGCGGCAGCCAUUGAAGUCUGAUCUGAUCAAGCAGUCUGAGGACCAGGGUGAGGUCAUCAAGGUAUAUCUAGAAGACCGCAAAGAGGCACAAGCCAGACACCAGCAGAGUCUAAAGAUGCUCUCAGAGGAAGUUUCACAAAUACAGGAGGUGAGAUAUUGUCUAAAAAACCUCAGAGAGCAGAUGGCAGCUAAAAGUCACAGGACAGAACAUAAGCUGGUGUUAUCUGGUCCCAGAAAAGUUAAUGGCACUCAUUCAGCACUAACACAGGCCCUAAACGGUUUAGAGAGGCAGGAUAGUGUGGAUGAGCAAGAAAAAGAGAAGAUGAGGGAAGCCAGUAAGCGUGUGUAUGCUCAACUCCAAGAGGCUGAGAAGAAACACCAGGAUGAGAGAGAAAAACUGCUGGCAGAGGCACAGCAGUACAAGAAGCAAUUAUCUGAGCAGAGCGAGUAUCUGAAGAGGGUUCAGCAGAGCAAAGAGCAGCAGGAUCAGCAAAUCGAAGACCUGAGACGUCUCAUGGGUGGCAUGGAGCAGGAGAGCUCCACCCUCAGAGACCAACUCAUGACCAGAGAAGCCGAACUCCUGCAGCUGCGCGAACUGAGGGAGGAGGGCCAUGCAGGGAGGGAGAGAUUAGAAGAGGUGGAAAAGGAAAACGCAAUUCUGAAAGAGAAGAUUCAUCACUUGGAUGACAUGCUCAAGAGUCAACAGAGAAAACUACGGCAAAUGAUUGAACAGCUUCAGAACUCACGAAUGGUGAUUCAGGAGAGAGACAGAGUGAUUAGAGAGCUGGAGGAAAAGGUGGCCAUGCUGGAGGCAGAGAACAAACAAAUGCAUGAUCAGAUGGAUUACUACCUUGGGAGUCAAAGGUCAAACUCGUACCUGCCAUCAGACAGCAAUGCGCAGAUUGUCUACAGCAAACCUCUGAGACCAUCCACCCAGACCAACAAGAGCCUGCCCUUCAUCAAGGUCAUUGAAAUUAAAUCAUGAACCUUACCACAACGACAUCCUGUGACAACCGCACCAUCCUCCUUUACACAGUGAAGGAGAAUACUAGCAACAUCUCAGACCUUCACCAAAUGACAUGCGAUUGCUUUAAAGUCUAAAGGCAUUUUCAGCGCAGAGGUCUGUUACUGUUAUUGCCAUGAUUACAUACUAUAACUGAAUUAUCACGAUAGAUUUGAUAGAACAGGGACUGUUAAAGUGAACAUAUCCAUUUAUAUGAAGACAAAUGAAGAACUCAUCUUUUCAUUAUUGUGAGAUUUGUGAAGGGCUUCUAGAUGGAUUCUGGUGUAUUUUGGUAUUUAUUUGAGGCUGGUCCUCUGAAGACGAUGUCUUUCACCCAACGUUAAUAGACAGAUUGUGAUGCUAAACACCCUCACUGAGCUCUCGUUAUCUCUCGUAAUCUCCUUUGGUAUUAGCUCGGCUAAACUUUAGUGGGUUUCUGAGUUCGCAGAAAUCACAGGGAAAAAUCUGUUAAAAUGAUAGAGACAAUGGAUGAGAAGAACGUUUUUAUUUUAUUUUAUGUAUGUGAAUUAAAGAUUGAAGGAUCUUAAUUAUAUCUAUUUGUAUCCAAAUUAAGGCAGGAAAUGUGUUCUGUGGUACUGUUGUGGCUAUUGAAUUUUUUUUAAUCAUUUGACCCCCCAUUUCACAGUGAGUCAAGUU